GUCCGUCAGCCUUGACUGUGAGAGCUGUGGGAAAAGAAGGAGGAUAUUCGGGUUAAUGUUUCACUUUUAUCAACCUGACAGUGUUAAGAUUUGUUAUUGUACAUCAAUGGGGACUAAGUGGGAUUGACAAUCAUAACGGAGGUGAGUUUGAGAAGUUUGAAGCCGGUGGAGGGGUUUGUUUAGCUGUCAGUGUUUAUCUUUGUUACAUGAAGAUACCAAAAGGCUAACUAAUGGAAAUGCCAGAUGCAUUUGAGUUACUUAAAGAAAUUUUGUGCUACUAAAUAGAGCUGGGAGUGUUAUCUUUAAACAGUGCAAGACAUUCCUUGACUCUGGAGUCAUAGGAAUCUGAGAUACCCCUUUAUUUACCUGCUGUACCUGUGAAUGGCUGCAUGUAAAACUUACUUUCUGCAACAUUGGACAUUAUUAAAAGCUUAUCAAUGGAUAUAUGUUCAUGUUUAUAGUUUCCUUCUCCCUGUAGGAAUAUUGAGGACCUACCUUAUUUGAGGUCUUUACUGUUUGCUUGCAACUUAAAUGUGAAGUAUCUUUCCAGAUGCAAACACACACCUGAAUGCCGAGUGUAAAGACCUGAGGAGGAGAUGAUCCCAGAGUCCACUGCAGCAGCCGCCUCCAGGUCCACAGAGCAGAAGUAAGCAUCUCUGUGAGGAACAGCUUUUAGGGUUUCAUUCCUCAUGAUAACCUACUGUACAUAAUGUGUCUUUGGCUUAACAGGAAGAACUCAAAUGAAAAGGCCAACUCUGGAGCUGUCAAUCAUUCAGAGGAUGAUUCGGGGAACGAGAACAGACAAAAGAGUGUGGUAGGUGUUUUUGUACUCGUUUCACAAGAUGUUUCUUCAUAGUAAUGGCAUGUGUUGAAAGUAUGCAUAUAGCUAUGAACAUACCUUUUAGUAGAGCUGGAUGAUGCAGCCACAGGUGGAAAGAGGAGAACAGGGGUAGGAGGCAGGUGUGUGCGUUUGUGACUAACAAGCAGAGGGACAGCGUGAGUGCGGUAACAGAGAAAAUGUAGCGGUCACAAGCAUUAAAAAGGCUGGCUCUGUGGUUGGACUCAAGCUGGACUCAGUGGAGGAUGUUGUGGAGAGAUCUACACUGAGGAAAGUAGAGUCUAUUCUAAAGAACAUGGAUCACCCACUUCACAACACCUUGAUGGACCAAAGGGCCAAUGGUGGUGGACGGCUCCUCUCUCUUCGCUGCAGGACAGAAAGAUUCAGAAGAUCUUUUGUACCAACAGCCGUUAGACUUUAUAACUCUUGUGUAAAUAGUAGAUAACUGUUAGAGACAUAUUUUGUGAGACAACAGACAAUUGAAUUUCCCUACGGGGAUUAAUAAAAUUAUUCUUUUUAAUUAUUCUUCAAAAGUGUUAAUGAGUUAACAUUUUACAGGCUAAACAGUGACAGUUUUGUUGAAGUUAUAUUAUCCUUUAUACAGACAUUAUUAUGUCGUUAGAAUCUUUUUUUUUUAAGAAUAUUUAUUAAUGGCCACACAACAGGGUUAGUGGAAUUUGUUUUGCGGUCCAGCACGUCAUGCUUACAUCUCCUGUGCCGGAUACAUACAUGCUUGCAGAAAUAAAAAAAAUGUCCCUAUGGCAGUGGGGGAGAAACUAUUCUUGAAUCAGGCUGAGUUGGCUGUCAAAGACCUGUAACGCCUCCCAGAGGGCACGAGUGUGAACAGGUGGUGUGCAGGGUGUGUGUGGUCUGAGGUGAUUUUCAGUGCUCGCUGUGUGACUUGUCUUUGAUACAGUCUCUAUGGAUGGGAGGGUGUGGCCAGUGAUUUUUUAAAUAGCUAAGAGUGUUAAAGUUUGAAAGGGUUUUAAAGUUAUGUGAAAGCAGUUAAUGCAGAUGUCAACUCAUGAGUUAUAUCAAUAAAAAUAAUUGUGAUGAUGAUUUUUGCCUUCAUCCAGCAGUCCUACCAUGAUGCCUUUUUAAAGUAGUUUUUUGUUUGUUUUAUGAAAAGCCUUUUAAGAUGGUGUAAAAUCAUUCAAACCUAGAUCUGAAUAUGUUCACCUGUAUAUCCUAUUAUUAUGAAAAACCCACAGAGACGAAGGAAAAGAGCACACAAGGCCUCUGAGAAUGUCAAGACUAAAAGUGCCAAAGCCAGUCGCAGCAAUGUCAGCAGAGCACGAGGCAGCAAACAGAAACAUGUGGAGGCUGUUACACUCUUUGAAGUCAUCACUAUGGGCAAGAGCGCCAUGCAGGUAUGAUGUCAGACGUGUUCUGGUAUGGUCAAGUUGUAAGUCAUUAAACAUAUGAUCUGACGCCUGUGUGAUGUCUAAGCAGGCGGUGAUAGAUGACUGGAUUGAGGUGUAUGAGACAGACAGGGACUCUUCUCUCCUCGAUCUCAUCAGCUUCUUUAUCCAGUGCUGCGGAUGCAAAGGUGAGUAGAGAUAGCACAUGCCUUCGCUCUCACACAUAAUUAGAAUAUGAAGUUUUACCCUGAGCUUUCUGUCUCUCUCAGGUGUGGUCACAGCAGAGAUGUGUCAAAGCAAAGAGGACAGUGACGUUAUGAGUAAGAUGGUGGAGGAGCUUGAUGAGGUAGGAGUUUUUUUAAGAUUUCCUCCUCUUGUCUUUCAUUCAGUUUUAAUCCAGAAACUGAAUGAUUGUGUUUGUUUCAGGUUGCAGGUGUGCAGUAUAAGAAGUUUCUUGCCUUUCCAUGGAUCCUGACAGUCACAUGGCCCAUGGAUACAGUAAGUGUGUCAUUGAUGUAUCCUGAUCCUGACUUGUGAAAAAGAUACUUAGAUGUAAUCUAGCACCUUUUACUGCACAGUUGUAAAGUACAAACUGCACAUUGACUGCAAGAGAGAGGGUAAGAAAAACAAAAGCCAAAGAACUUGAACUGCAACAGCAGGCAAAAAGUAAAUACAGACUAUGAGGAAAAUGAGAAUUUGGAUAAAACAUUAAUUAAAUCACUGAAGGACAAUUUGAAUGGGGUGGAUUUUUAACAUGAUCCAAAGAUUAACUGAGUUUGUGGCCCUGAUCUAAUCGGACAAGUCUUCACAAAGUUUAAGGACUAACUGCAAAAACUCUAUCGCCAUAUGUUGUUGUGAAUUCACCUUGAGCGGUGUUGGCCAAAGUCCUUCACGAUGGCACUAUUAGGAAUUGGCAAUGUGAAAAAGGCUACUUAUUUCUCAUUUUUGUUAAUAUUAAAAAAUUUACAGAAAAGAAUCAUUUGUGUAUUAUUUAAUUCAAAUGAAAAAGGGUGUGGCCCCAGCAUGGAGCCCUGUGGCACUCCAAAGUAUUCCCUUUUCGUAGCAUACUUGUCUUUAGCAACACCAGUACAGCCUAAAAAUGUAAUUUUUUUACAUUUCUUAUAGCAAAGAUGUGAUACAGAGAAAGAAUUUAGAGUGUUUAAAUGACUCUAAAGGACAUAAUGACUUGCUUUGCACAUGGGCUUUGAAUGGAUCAUUCAUUGUUUUGCGUCUCAAAUGAAAUAAUAUCACCUCUUAUUUACAGGAUAGCAUGGAGUAUCCUCUGAUACAGCCUGGACCGUAUGGACGCUGGUUUCACUCCGAGUUCUGUGACUUUGUGUCAGUACUGGUGGCUCAGUGUCAGCACAGUGUCAUCUUCGACUGUUACCUGAUUAACACCAUCAUCUCACUGCUUACUGAGCUGUCCAACUCUUACGUACGGGCUUUCAGGCACACCUGUACGCUAGCAGGUAAGAAAUUAAAAACAGACACAUACUGGUACAUAAAGAAGUCGAACAAACUAAUCGGUACGUUUUGGUUCUGUUCUGGACAGCUGUGAAGCUGCUGAGCUCUCUGGUGGGUGUUGCUUUGAGUCUAAGUGUGGGCAUCGAGAACAGUCAGAAACUGUUUGAAGUGCAGAAGACAAAGACGAUGAGACAGAAAAGCACACUGCAGCUGGAGAGAAUACAGAGGAAGAUCACAGAGGUAAGAUAUGACUCACUUUGGAUAUGCAGUGAGUAAUCUUCAGGUCUUUUAUCUCUCAGGGCUGAGUGGAACAUAUUGAGUGACUUCUGUGUGUCUUUACCCAUGUUUCUGUAGCUGCAGGAUAAGAGGACAGAGAUAGAGAGCAUGAUGGAUAUCAUCUUCAAAGGAGUUUUUCUGAAAAGAUAUCGGUAAGUGUUUCAGUAACUUUGUUGGUUUUAGCACAGCUGUCAGUGUAUUGGAGCUGAUUAUGUGCGUUUACCUGUUCAGUGAUGUGCUCCCAGAAAUCCGCUCCAUCUGUAUGGAGGAGUUGGGUUUGUGGAUGAAGCUCUACAGCUCUGCUUUUCUCAACGAUAGCUACCUCAAAUACAUGGGCUGGAUGAUGCACGACAAGGUGAACAUAGUCAAAUGAUGAAACACAAAAAUAGAUUGAGAAACUGUCUCUGUACUGAUGUGCGCAUCUUCAUUUAGGUACCAGAUGUUCGUCUCAAGUGUGUGUUGGGUCUCCAGGGUUUGUAUGGAGAUCCAGUGCUGCUCCCCAAACUUGACCUCUUCACCAGCCGCUUCAAGGUAAACAGAACAGUUUACCUGAGGUCACUGAGAUGAAGGCUGUAGAUAAAGAAGUACCCAAACCACAUCAACACUUUUAUAUGUACCCAAAGUCCCAGAGUUAGUCUAAGGCUGCUUCUAAAUGGAGCUUGUAAAGUCAGGAACUUCCCACUGAGCAUUAGACGGCUAUGAGACGUGUAGUUUUCUUUUAGACCUAAUCUUAACUGUCUAGAUUCUGUAUAUAUUUUUAGACGUUUAGACGUUGCACUUUAACCCAUUAAUCUUUAACUAUUUCAAAAAGCAACUGUGAGCGGCAUAACUGAUCUCCAAGUACUUAACCAAAAUAAUUAUGAUAGCCGUUGAGCAAUAUACAGUUUAGUAUAGAUAUAGCCCAGAUUUAGACUUGGUCUAAAUUUAUUUUUUACUACUUUAUUGCAAGGCUUCUUUCUUUCACAAACAAAGUCAGGCUUUCAUUUUACAAUAUUAUACCUUACAUUUUUUUUUUUUAACAUACAGAAAGUAAAUAACAACCAAAAAGAAACCAAAUCAACAUAUCUCCAAAAAUAAGGCAAAACAUACAAGCAAACAAAAUACAAAAAAUAAAUGCAUAAAUAAAAUAAAAUGAACUAAAUAUAAUUAAAUAAACUAAAGAAAACUGGUAGGGGUAGGGGUAGGUGCAUGUAUGUGUGUUUGUGUAUCUGUGUGUGUAUGUACAUGGAUGUUAGAGUUGGGGUGGGGACCUUUUAAUCCAUCUCCUUAAUUUGAUUAAAUAUUUCUACUGUUUUUGUCAACCUUUCUUUGUGGUAUAGCUUGUUCCAAAUAUGCAUUUUUUCCCUAUUCAUCAACAUUAGCCUUUCCAUCUCUAGACAUUGUUCUGCUGUUGAUACCCAAGCUGUUAAUUUUGGUUGAUCUGAUUGUUUCCAUGCUUUGGUCACCUGUUUCAUAGCAGUUGUUCGCAAUAUGUUAAAAAAAUAGAUAUCCUUUGCUCUUAUCUUUCCCUCUAAAUGGAUACCUAAACAAUGCUGUACCUGCAGAGGUUCUUUAAACUCAAAUAUAUGCUUUAAGGUUUCUUUGACUCCUUCCCAGUACAGUAUUAGUACUGGGCAUGUAAAGAGCAUAUGCAUAUAAUUUGCCUCCUGUUCUCCACAUCCUCGCCAACAUCUAUUAUCCAGUCCGGGGUAAUACCUCUUAACUUUCUCAGGUGUAAUGAAGAAUCUCAUACUCACUUUCCAUGAGAACUCCCUCCAAUACUUUGAUUGGGAUGUUGUAAAGUUUCUACCUAAUGUUCUUCUCCACUCUCCUGUUGUUAUAUUAAUUUUUAGAUCUUUUUCCCACUUCUCUUUUAUGUUACUCUCUACAUUGUUGUGCUUCUGCAGGAUCUUAUAGAUUUUUGACAGGUUUCCUUUGUUUUUAUUACAAUUUUGUGUCAUAUAUCUUAUCAGUUCAUGCUCUGAUGUUUCCUCUGCUAAAAAUCUACUUAUGUAACUUCUAACCUGCAGAUAUUUGAAGAAAUGUUUUGAUUCUAAUUUAUAUUUCCUAGAUAUUAUAUCAUAGGAGUUUAUUGUAUGAUUAGACUUGGUCUAAAUUUAGACGUCCAAAAUCUUUCAUUUUUAGACCUGUGGUAGCCUGGUCUUAGACCAGUCGUCUAGGCUACAUUUAGACGUCUAUUAGACGUCUUUUCGACCAAAAAAUGCUCAGUUGGUUGUGUCAUGAAGUUGAGUAAAUGAAAGGCCUGGAGUUUAAGUAGUAACCAUAUGAGAGCUUGGCAGCAGCAACAUGGACACUAAGAGUGGAAAUACGUAAAUUAAAUUGUUUUAUGUACUGAAAUAUGACUCUGGGUAACAGGCGGCAGGACGACAAAAUCAUGAGCUAAAUUUGACGUGCCAUGGCUCAUGUCAAGACCCUUUCAGUUCAGAAAUAAUGCAUCAUAAACCAUACCCUUAUGAGAUAUUCUGCUCAUUUCAUGAGCAAAAGUUGCUAUAAACUGUUAUGAAUGCUUAUAAUCACAUUUAUGGAUCGCUGUAAAGUCUUAUAGAUGCAUUUAAAAGGCUUGAAAAAUGUGCUUAUGAUGCGUUAUAUAUGAGAGGGGUCUGCAUAAAGUGUUGCUAAAGUUUCUCCAAGAAAGGUUGGCAAAUAAGGUGCAUUGUUCUUAAGCUGCUAAAUCUGAAGUUUUCUUAACACAGAUAAAUUUAUAUUUCUUUACUAUGUAUUGCAACAAAAAUUGACUGUUUAAAAAGAGUUAGCUAAAUGAGACUAAGGUAUAAAAUUUGUUGUUCAGCUUUUGCAGCUUUUAUAAUGUGAUUUCUGUCAACAAUAGCGCACAUCUGGAAAUAGAUUAAGCUUUACCAAGUCAUGUGUGUCGCUGCAGGACCGGUUGAUCUCUAUGACUCUGGAUAAAGAUAACGAAGUGGCAGGGCAGACCAUGAAACUACUGGUGCUCAUCUCUAAGUAAGUUGUUGGUGUUCAAAUAAAAGACACAAUCAAUCAAUCAGUCAAAAUCAGACAUCAAAAUAUGUUUGAUCAUGUUUCAUUAGUAACUUCUUUAUUUUCUUUCCAUUGAAUCACUUUGACUCCUCAGAACCUCGGAUGAUGUUCUCAGUCUGGAGGACUACAAACAGUUGCUUCAGUUCGUCUACUCUUCACAGCGCCCUCUAGCGGCCACUGCAGGGGAGCUGCUCUACUUGAGGUAAAUUCAUCUCCUUCACUUAUUCUUACAAAACUUGACCAAAAGUCAGUGUUUGAUUGACUGAAUCUGGUUGGUCUCUGUCAGGCUGCUCAACACUGAAUCCCCCGACACUCAGGAAGAACUAAAUAAUGAAGAGAAACAUCUACAGCAGACGUUCAUCAGAUUGAAAGCUCUGCUGCAGUUUUACCAGGAGUCUCAGGUGAAGACACUCAGUUUUGUUUUUAUUCUGUUGUAUCGAUUAUGUUGACUUGUUAGACUAACGCGUGUGUGUCACUUUUAGCUGCACAAACAUGUGGUGUACCUGGUUGACAGUCUGUGGGACUGUGGUGGAGCUCUGCUGAAGGACUGGCCCGCACUCACGUCUGUACUGCUGCAGGACCCUCCCUCACAGAGUCAGGGUACUGUAAUGAGUGAAUUUAAUAUAUAUAUAUAUUAAGAAUCAACGCUGCAGCAGCUAUGAUAAAGUAUAUUUAUCUAAAUCACUGGUUGUCCCAGUCCUCUGUCAAACUGAAAGAGGCAUUUGUUUUCAAAUUCUUGUGCAAAUUACCUCAGAGAGAACCGUGAGGCUGUUAAAAAACAAGCGGAAAGAGAUUUUUCUUUUUUGCUGCAAUGUUUAAGAUAAAAAAGGGUACUUCUUUAUCUACAGGGUCGCCUAAAUACACACAAAGUUGUUCAUACAUGCGCUUUAACUUCAGUCUUGAGUGCAUGACUUUUUCCAACUGUUGAUUGAUAUUUUGAGAAGCGUUUUUUAUAUCUGUGUGUCAGAUUUUGUGUCUCUGCCCCGCAACCUUCAUUUGCAGCAUAUGACCAUAUCUCAAGGAAAGAAAAUCGGAAAACGUCAGUCAAACAAAGUCUACACAAGUGUGUGUCUGUGCGUGUGUGUAGGUCUAACACAUGAAGACAAAGCUGUUCUUGUGGAGCUUCUGGUUGCGUCAGUGCGUCAGGCCUCAGAGGGACCAGUUCUAGCGGGGAGAAGCGGAGCCAAGAAGGUUAGAGGGUGACCUAUACGUGUUUAUCGUUACUGGAAGAUAACUGUGACAGUAUUUAUUCGAGUAAAGAUACCAAAAACAUGAAAAAAUGAGCAAUCAAAGGACUUGUUUUUAAAAUCCAUAAAACCAUCUUAGUUUUUCUAAGAGAUGCAAACCAAAGGGGUAGGCCUGCCCAAAUAGUCCAAAGAUGAAAUAUGAGAAAAUAAUUUUUUUUCCUUGUGAAAAUUGUCAAAUAUUCUCAUCUUUCAACUCUUCAAUGUGAUGUCCUUGUAUUUCAGGUCAUGAGUGCCAGGGAAAAGAAAAUCCAGGUUGAUGACUCUACUAAACUCACUGAACAUCUCAUCGUGGUGCUUCCUAACUUACUGUCAAAGGUAUUCAUGACGCACAUGUUCAAAAACCUAGCAGUGUAAAUCCUGUCAUACAAACACUGAGACUCCUGAACAGCACCAUUUGAUUCUCUGUGUCAAACUCUGAUAAUUUCUGCUUUUUUUAUAUUGUUUUUGUUGGUGCAGUUCUCAGAUAGUCCUGACAUUGUUGCCUCCCUGAUGAAGAUCCCUCAGUUCUUCAUCCCAGAGUGCACCGAGGCUGGAAACACAAAGGUUUGUAUCUCAGUCUUUUCACUUUCAUAAUCAGAGACACAAAGAGUGACAAAAAAAAUUACGUAAUGACACAGUUUCUUAAUCAUACACUGGGAUAUUGUGAGCUGGAAACAAAGUGCAGGUAAAAUUCUGCCUGAAGUCAGCACAAGGAAAACUGUAAUACCAUUAUUUGUUUUUCCCAUCAAGUUAUCAUUGUAUAAUGUGAAAUAAUGUGUGAAAGAAUUUUCACAGAUGGAUCCAAAUGUGAUCAAAUGAACAUCUUUAUUUUCGAUAGUUUAAAAAAUCAAAGAUUUUAAAUGAAUAUCAAGCGGAUCAUGACUAAGGUCUUUGAUUCUCAGUGAUUGUAACAAGUACGUCUGGUAAUUUAUUGUAGGAGUAACGCAACUUUGUCAUCACAUUUAAAAUUAUUUUCAGUAAGAGUUUUUAUCCGUUAACCGUCAUGUAUUCUUAUAUUUCAGAUCUGCAAAGUAAUUUUUUAAGUGGUACCAACCAAAACUGACAUGACAAUUACAGGGUUUUUCCUGGCUCAAAUUGAGGCAGAGGUGGCACCAUCCUGACCAUGCGCCACGACGUGCAUGUAUUUGUAAAUUCAACCGAUUCACUUUCUUUUACAGGCAACAUACUUUAAGUUAAGAGUUCAAAAAAGAGUGUGACCAUUAUCAUGUUAAAGCAUUCAUUUAUUAAAACUAUAUACAUACACAAAUCAGCUGGCAACUUUAAAUUGAAAGUACACUUCAUCCACACAUCUCGCAACCAGACAGAACAUUUCAGCCUCCUCUUUUUCAUUCUGUAGAACCUCCUCAUGCACCCCUUGUAGUCCAAGGCCUCCUGGUCUGGUCCAUCAACGGCCACCUUACAACAGACAUCCAAGUGCCUCUCCCUCAGUCUGUUCCACAGAGGUGUCUUCACCUUAAACAAAACAAUUCAUCAUGCAUUAAGUAUUUUUUUUUUUAUUCUGAUACAGACAUGAAGAGUGAUAGUGUUUUCAAUCAUAUAUAUGUAUACGCUGCAGUGUCCUCCCUAAAAAAAAAAACGACAACCAAUUAUUUCUUAAACUAUCUAAACUAUGUUUUUUGUAACUUUAUUAGUUGAGUUUUUUUAGGUACAACCAUCUUUAAUAUAUUUCUCCUUCUCUUCUGCUGCUUUGUGAAUGGCUGUCACCUCAUGUCUUUUUAAUGUGUCCAGCCUGUAGUUGGUUGAUGGCUGUCUCACUAAGGAGGCAGCAAUUACCUGCUGUGUUGGGGCACAGUGCUUUUAUGCAUAAAUAGCAGUGCAUGCCUUCCUCAGUAUGCCUGAGCCAGGCAAAUUGAUUGAGCCACUGCUUGUCAAAGCCACUGGCUCUGUGUUUUUGAGAAGAUCUGGAAAGAGGAAUAAAAACCACGUACACGUUGGUUUUGCGUUGUUAUGCUCCUAAUUGGAAACUAAUUAAUUAAUUACCCUCGCCUCGCCGACUCGUCCUGUCCUGCAUUCUGACCCUCGCGAUCACCAGUCCCUUGUGGAGUACUUUUAGACCUGACACAAAUUUCCACGUUGUCACCAACAUGAAUUAUAGCAUUUUAACUGCCUGUUCCUUUUUUUUCUCUGCUGUGUUUCACCUGGACUCUUGACUUUCCUCCUCGCGAGGUCGCUUUUUAAAGUACUGGCUGAUUUUGCCUGUCAUAACUGCAACGCUAAAAACAGAGUAAACUUUUUUUUUUAAAUAAACACGACAUGCUUGGAUGCCAAAAAGAGAAGCAGUAUUUACCUGUUUGUACCAUCCGCCAGGGAAAAUCAGGACGCCGACAGUACCAACUAGCGGGAAAAAAACUUGAAAAAGCAUGAUUCGAUCCGUUUCUUCUUCGGUAGAUGCUUCAGGUCUUUCCGGUGCACUGCUGUUGAUAUAGCGCCUCUAUAGUGGCGCAACCCUGCAACUGCAGUUAAAAUACGUUGCUGCUGCAUCGGGACAUCAAUCGCUCAAUCAACACAGCUGGAGCUUUACGCUGUGUUGAGCGAAAUCAAUCGCUCUGGCUGGGGGCGGCACAAAAUUAGGUGGAGGCGGCCGCCACGCAAUUUUGAACGCAGGAAAAACCCUGCAAUUAGAGAUUAAAUCAAAUUAAACCAUUACUUUUUAAAGUGGCCACUGACGCGCACUUUAUUGGAGCAUUAAAUGGUAAAAUAGAAGAGAAGAUAAAAAUAUCUGCAAGUUAAAAUCACAUUUUGGCUCAAACGUUGAGUCUUAUCACACAUUUUGAAAUCAUCCUGUACUGUUCUUGUAUCUUCUGGCUCAGGUGGUGUCAGACCUGCUGGCAGAGUUAAGAGCUGUUCUGGACCUCCACUCCAGCCCGGCUGUCCUGGAGGCCGCAGCUCGGACAUACCUCAGUCUGUGUGGAGAGGAGAUGACCUGCUGCUCUGCGGCCCAGACUGCCAGAGACUCUCUGGUUCAGAGCUGGGUGGAUAAACUGACAAACCUCCUGAAAGCUGCACUCACUGUGAGGAGAGAUACUGAUACUAUUGGACCAGUGAAGUUGUUCUCUCUGCUAGAACAUACUUGUUACAGUGCACUUAAAUGGGGAUGAUGAUGACAUUUACAUCCCAACACAUUCUUCAUCACUAGUUUCGCUCCUGCAGUUAUUUUUUAUCCAUGUCUGUAAAGAACAAAUAGGACUCUGCCUCUCCUGUUUCUGUGUUGCAGGAUGACAGUUUCACAGCCGAUGAGGGAGAAAUGAGAGAAAUAUUAGUCACACUGAAAAAACUCAGAGUUUUCCACAAGUAAGAUUUCCUCAGUCAAGUUUGAACGUGAUUUCCUUUCAGUAAUAUGUUGAAAAAAGUCGUUUCUGAUGCAUUAUUAUUAUUAUUAUUAUUAUUAUUAUUAUUAUUUGUUAGCUGUCAUGACCUCUCCGGAUGGAACCUGUUUGAGCUGCUGGCUCCUCUCCUCUCAGUGGAGGGCGGUCAGGGAGGACCAACACCUGAGGUGACAAUGCUAGUUUUGUAAUAUAUCUUUCUUAUUCUAGUUUUAUCAGCUACUGAUCGCUAAUGUUUCUCCUUGAAGAGUCCAGGAGAGUUGAGUGUCCUGUCCUCCUCUUUGUUUUGUGUGAAGGUGCUGCUGGAGGUGCUGCAGUGUCUGUGUUUCUCCAUGAUCUGGUCUCUCAACACCAGUGGUGAAACUCUAACCUCGACAGUGAGUUAAAGCAACUUUUUUUUUUGCUUUAAUUUGAUGGAAACAAAGAAGUUUAGCAGAAAAAAGCAGAACAGGCUAGCUUGACAAAGACUGAAGGAAAAUGCCCAAUAAUAUUGGGUGUUAUAGUUGAAACACAAACUCCUAUUUAAGGACCAAUGAUGUCUUUUGAAUCAUCUUCUUUCUUGUUUAAACAUUUCAUAGGUUAUGUUAUGAAUAACUAAAUGAAAACCAAACAGCCGUGUGUAGCUGAUACAAAUAUUUGGAGCAUGUAGAUCACAGUUUGUUUGUCUGUUGCUCUGAGGUGUGUGUGUGUGUGUGUGUGUGUUUUAGGAGAAAGCUGUAGCUCAGAGGCAGCAUCUGCGUCUCUUCUGUGAGCGGGGUCAUCACUGUCUGUCUCACUCUGACCUCAGUGUUCGGCAGCAGGUAAAACUGACUUUCUAUUUUAGAGAAGGGACAAGAUUCUUCUACUUCUACUCCCGGCCUUUCUGACUCCCUCUUUUCUUUCAACUUAAGGCGUUUCUCGGAGUGUGUGACGUUCUGACGGCUCAUUCAUACCAACUUCAUGUGUGGGAUCCCACCUCCUUUGGUCCACUGCUCUACACUCCCAGUCCCAAACUGCAGAGGGCGCUGUUGACCUUUGUGUGCCAGCAUGUCUUUGUUGGACCAGAGAGUGACAGUCAGAGCAGUGGUGAGACCCCAACCUCUCAGCUUCUUGUCGUUUAUGUUCGAUGUUUCAGCUUCGCUGUGUAGUUUAAUAGAAAAUAGUGUUUUUUUAUGCUCAUCAGUGGAAUAGGAAAAAUUUUAAGGUCUACUUUUUAUCUGUAUUCAAUCAAAGGUUCAGGACUUUGUUGCCUAACAGACUAAUAUGCAACUUACAGAAGUGUUACACAGUGUGACUGUAAGCCUUUAAAGCUAAUAUGUCAUGAGUGGACUUUUUCCCUGAGGUUACUUGCGUCAUAAACUUAGUUUGAAAUGUAAAAUAUGAUCAUAAUAACUUUAUUUGUGUAGCACUUUUAAAAACAGGGGUUUAGCGUGUGCUUUGACAAUAAAAAACCCAAAGCUUAAGAACAGAACAAAGAGUCAAAACCCUAAAACAGGAAAGAAUCACAUGAAAAUUCACCGAACAAACAACAUAAAGACCUUAAAGACCCACUGAGAAACCAAUGAAGCAGAGAAACAUAUAGAAACCCAUAAUAAUCUGAAAGAACCUAAACAAACUCAGGCACCAUAUAACCACAAGACUGACACCAGAACAGUGAAAGUGAAAGGAAGAGUGUGGAGUUUAAAUAGUAAUCAUCGGAAAUUUUAACUUUUUAGUAGUUAAAAUUUAGUAGUAACAAGUAUUCUUAUAUGUUUAGUUAUCCAAACAAGUUUUUUUUCAACAUAAAAGGUACAUUCAAUUAUUUUUAAUGUUUUGAAAUCAGACACUGGAGGAGCGUGAAAAAAAUUCAGUAUAAUUCAGGAUCUAUACUGUCACUCCAAUUACACAUAUGCAAUUGUUAGAACACUAAAAACAGGUUAAUAUUAAAUAUAAAAGAGAAACAAACAAUUACAAGAUGUUAUAUGACAUCAAAAUAGAAUAAAAAAGUGAUAUCCAAGAUAAGAUAAAAUAACUAUUGCAGCAACUCAGACAAAGUCAGCGAGUGAGACUGCAGUGAGAAAAUUAAAGAAGAUAAAAUCAGUGAUAUAUACAACUGUAAUUGUUGUUAUACCACUCUUAAUGAUUUAAGUUAAAAAUAAGCUUCGGGAUAAAGUGAGCCCACCUGAGGCGAGACAAGUUUAUUUAAAAAAAACAUAUAUAUUUUUUUUAUUUCUAAAGAAAGUCAAAGUGCUUCAGAAUCAGAAAGCCUUUAUACAAUGAAAUACAAAACAACAACACAGUUUCAACUUGUUUACUCACACACUCACUCAUUCAUACAGACAUUGAACAGAAUAACAACCAUUAAAUAAGAUAUGAUAAAACCUGGUGAUAAAGUGCAUAUUCACUCACAUUAAAUGAAUCACACUUAAAGAUAGAAAAUUACACUUGGAGUGAGGAUGCAAAAAGUAAAUGAAAAUACUCAUUUAAUAAGCUGUUUAAGUAUAAAUAUUGAAGGUUGAAUAUUUAAUAGUCAUGUUUUACUCAAGGUUGAUUGCCCUUAUUUAGUUAUGAUCAUGAAGUGUUAUUUAUUUUAAUUUUUUUACAAACUGAUCACAGCAAAAAUCUGAUUUCUCGGCAUCUAAAGAUAAACUCUCUGGUAGAAGUCAAAAUAUUUGACCCGUACAAAUAAAAAUGCCACAAAAGUGCCUUUAGUUUCAUUGAUGCAUCAGUAGUCAGAGUUAUUCUUACGUUAUAGCUGCUCUUAUAGCUCUUAUGUUAGAUAUAAUCAAAAAGGUAUUAUAGUGGUGUGGUUUCCGGCUUCAAGGUAUCAGAAGAUAAAAGAUCGCAAAAUAAUUGAGUAGGAUAGAGCAAACAAACAAGCUCAGGUGAGAAAUUAAGAGAGAAAAAUUCUCUUUGUUGGAUUCGAUAACUCACAGACAUCUGAGAGAUGAAAGGUAGGAGAUGUUUAAGUUUUAACAAUAUAGUUUAAAUUUUUCAUGUCAAACUUUGAAUCAGAAAAGUAAAUACAGCUGUUCGACACGAGGUAGACUAUACAGAAAAUAUCACUCUCAAAUCAAAGUGGUAUGAAGUAAAAGCAUUAAAUUGAUUCGCAGACUUCACAUCGCAAUUAGGAUAAAGAAUCUGAAUUAAUGUACGUCAUUGUCCACCACCAAAAGUGUCGUUUUCUUUAACCAAACGGACUUAGAUCCCGUAUGUUUGAUUCCUGUAUGUGUUUAACAGCAGAUGGCACUCUCACUGUGCUGUUUGAGAACCACAUCUUCUCUCUGGGCCUUCAGCUGCUCCAAGUACAGCAUUGAUUUUUAUGUUGCUGCCUUAAACAUGCAGGUAUUAAAUGCACGGCCACACAUUCGUCUUACUAACUCCGUGCGAAGCUGCCCGCUGACUACAAACCAGGUCUGAUUUCCUCCCUGACCGCACAAUUGACCCUCAAUUACAAAUAAAACCCUGUUCAUACCCUCAAACUAAAACUGGAUGUUUGCAUUUGUUAUUAAAGGAAAUACAGCUUGACUACUUUUGUGGCAGCGUGUAUUAAAAUGAGAAAACCCAGAUCGACAUGUUGGAAUUGCAGAGGUUUCUCCCGCAGAGUCCUGCAGGUGAACUUAUGAUUUCAUUCAUGGCUCUGUGUAACUUAAACAUUUUUAUUAUCUUUACAAUAGCUUCUACUUUCGCAGACUUAUUGCAUCCAAAUAUGGGAUAGUUCAGUGAAAGCACUAGCAGUCCUGGUGGGAAUCUCUUAAAUGUUCAACCAAAUGCAAUAGGGGAUUAUUGGUUUUUGAACAUGUAAUAAAAAGCGAUUGUUUUAUUGGAUUUGCCUGGUUAUGGUUUUGUUAUAUAUAUAGACAGUGUUUUCUAUUAGCUGCUGGAUCAGAGAUCACUCGGAGGGCAGGGGCACAGAGUUAAAUCAUAAAAUCGGGGCAAUCUCUUUCCGUGAGAAAAUUCCAUUAACUCUGGCUCACCUCCGAGCCUAUUUUAUUAGCCUUGAGAAAGAUUGAAGCCACAUGGUGUCACAACCAUAACUCUAGUCUUGUGUUAUCUUUGAUUUCCACCUGCUAAAGCCAUUGUCCUGAAACUAACUUAAACACUCUCUCCAUGUCUCCGCUUUGUUCUUUUCUCUCUGUUAUAUGAUUUCUCAUGAUUAAUCACUCUUCUUUUCUUCUCAUCUUCUUGACCACUUCACAUGUAACCACACGCUUUAACUCCAUCUGGAUCCCUCAGUCAGUGAAAACUCUGAAGAGGAGAGGCUGGAGGACCUGCACAGACGGAGAAAUGUGCUCGCGGCCUACUGCAAACUGAUCGUACACGGGGUGCUGGAGAUGAGUAUGGCGGCAGAGGUGUUCAUGUACUACAUGAAGGUAAAGGCCGAGUCUUCAAGCUUUUAAAGGUCCUGUGGGGAGUUUUUAUAUGGUUAUGUAUCAGACUGAAAUUAACAUGGGUGCUUCUUUAUGACCCAAAAGGGCAAAGACAGCUGUUAGCUGAACUCAAGCCCUCUAAAAUUAGGUAGAGGCUUUUUUUUUUUUCAACUAAAAUGUAGCUGCUGCCCCCCAGUGGCAGUUAGGAGCUACUACAAACACAUUCUCAUUCCCAACUCAUCAUAUAUUGACGGACAAGCAGGAGCCCUUUGCGUCAGUAAGCGACACACAUGGGUACCCCUCGCGUCUGUUUUUGACGCAGCGGGUCGGCCGUAGACUUCAAUAAGACUCCUUUUUCAUCAGAUAGUGGUCAGAUGGUGGAUAAACUAUUUACAUUUAACUAUUAAAUAAUUUUCAGGUUAAUAAAUGAGUUAUAUUAUUGCUCCUUUAACUGAGUGAAAUCAUCGUUUAGACUAGUGGGUCUCCAGUUCCAUAUUCUACAUCAAACCGUAUUUUGUAGUAACAUACUUGUGCCACCAGAGAGCAGCAGCAACAUUUCACGAACAGUCUCGUCACCGUCUGAGAUUGUGCUCACAACCUGUUAGCUCAGCGGUUUCUUUUGAACUAUUUAUCUAUUCUUUAUAUUAAUGUUUAUUUAGUGUCGGAUAAAAUGUACUGAAUACUGUAAUACAACUACAGAUAAUACAGGGGCGAGUCGGAACUACAGGAGAGGGGUGUGUCGAAUACAGCGAGGUGAUUGGAUGGAGAGGCGGAGCAGGAGAUUGACCAAUAAGAGCUGUCUGGGACGGAUUGCUCCCAUUGGUCAAUGUUUUUGCAGCCCUGCACCUGCUAGGGUGAACAGAUUUUAUCCAUUCUUUUUUCUAUUUACUUUGUGGAGAUCGCACUAUAGGACCAUGAUCGCCAUAUAAACGAGGUUCAUAAUAAUUACCAAUCACUCCAAUCAUCGACCAUGCCUUUAAGUUUUGGCUGCUGUAGUCAAGACCAUGAGUAACUUAGUUUUAUAUCAAAGCUAGUAUUUACUACAGUUCUUGGUGAGUGUGUAUCUUUUUAACCUCUUCUGUGUCCUUAGUACUACAAUGACUUUGGAGACAUUAUCAAGGAGACCAUGUACCGGACCAGGCAGAUGGAUAAGAUUGAAAGUACCCGUACUCUGGUGCUCUGUUUGCAGCAGGUACAACUGAAAAAACUCCUAAAUAAACUCCAGCUACAGUCUAGCUGCUUUGAGGUGCUGACAUUUUUCCUCUCCCAGCUCUUUGUUCGUCUGAGACGAGAGCAAGAGAGCGGCGGCAGAGCUCACCCAGGAGUCCAGACCUUCACCAGCAUCAAAGAGCUCGCACGGCGCUUCGCCCUCGCUUUCGGAGACCUUGUCAAGUUUCGUGAGUGCGUGGUCAUGAUCCACAGGUCAGUGUGGGCUCUUGCUCUGUCGUUGUUUGGGUGCUGUUGUAAGCUUUAGCGGCUAAGGUUUGUGUGUCGUGAAAAUGUGCAGAAACGGGAUCGAAUUUGUGUUCCAAGAGUUCAGUCAGACCCCAGAAACACCCACACCGCUUUACCUCUCGUACCUGACCAUCCUCAGUGAAUUCUCCAACAAACUGCUCAAACCUGACAAGAAAACAGUGUAAGUGCUGCACACACGGAUACAACAAGGUCUUAAAAUCUCUUGAGCUUGGCUUCCUGAGAGUCUGUUCUUGUCUGUGCAGGUUCUCCUACCUGCAGAAGCACACUGCAGAGCAUGUUAUUGACCUCAGGGAGGAUAGCUGGCAGCCUCUCAUCUACUAUCGAGCCUCCCUAUUGGCUGCAGCUGAAGGGGAGGAUGCUGUGUCAUAUGUUAGCUCUGAUAGAAGGCCAAAUCGCUCUCCCCUCUCCAAACAAAAACUAGAAGGUACAACACAAACCAACAAAAUCAAGCAGAGUCCUUUUGUCUUUGUCGUCACACGUGUUUGUUUUCACUCUUUUAGGCAGUAAAUCCCCCUGCUUGUUCACCCCUGCUGAUUCCAGAGUCAGUAAAACUCACAGAAUCAGCUUCAGUCCAAGGUGAGGCUCAAGCUCAAUUAUUUCCUCAAUCCUUUUGCAAUUUUUUAUUUUACUACUCUUUCAAAUUUAUUGCUUCACCCUCAGCAGACAGGAAAAGACGACCGAUGCGGAUCCUUUCUCUGUGCCCGUGGAACCGCCUGCAAAAAGGUUCAGCUUCGGGGAAUCAGAGCUCAGCACGAGCAACGAGGUGGACGACGACACGGUGGACGUCGAACUGUAACAGUUUUGAAGCUGAAGAGAGUCCACUCUUCAGUUUGGACCGGAUUGGACUUCACAGACUUUGAUAGUGGCAUCAUGGCGCUGUUUCUGUCCGUACAUGAUGUUUUUAAUAAGGACCUAUAAACGUAAAGAGUUAAGUUUCUCUGUGUGUCUGUUACCCUAACAAUUGCUCUUCCCAUUGACUUCCCACUUUUUGACUUAUUAAAAAAAGGCAACAGGGUUUAAUACAGUCAAGCUGACCAACAGUAUAUUAAUAUGUAGCUAAAAAAUAGUUUGGAGCAUGUGCACUUUUUACUCAUGGGUUUACGUUUACAAAGAAAGUUAUUUAAAGUAUUUGCCAAAAAUAGGAGCAACCCUCUUCUAAAGAGUUGAAAAAUCGGGGACAUUAUAGACAGCUAAGAAGAAAUGGAAACACUACCCUUAAUGUCACGUUUGUCUUUUAUUCUCAGAUUCUUUUUUUAUUUGGAAAUCAUGUCUGUUUUUGUUUGUUAAACUAUGUCUCUGUGUACACUCCUUUGCUGUACUUGAGUAUCACUGAGAGCAGUUUUCCAGUCAUACUCGUGUUGUUAAAUAAUGUCAGAGUGCAUUAAAAAUGUUGCUCUUCCUGUCACUUUUUCAUAGCUCCUCUAAGGAAAAAAAUGAAUUCUGUGAAACUGACCGUCUGUGUAUGACUAUAAACUGCAUUAAAUAAAUAAGCUAAUUCCUUAAACUUUUUAAA